AUGCAGCGAGGAUGCUUCGAGUGCUGCAUCAAGUGUCUUGGCGGGGUGCCCUAUGCCUCCCUCGUGGCCACCAUCCUGUGCUUCUCAGGCGUGGCCCUGUUCUGCGGCUGCGGCCAUGUGGCACUGACCGGCACCCUUACCAUGCUGGAGAACCACUUCUCCAGGGUCACCACCGACCACGCCACCCUCACCCUGGUGAUCCAAAUCUUUCAGUACAUCAUCUACGGCAUCGCCUCCUUCUUCUUCGUCUACGCCAUCCUCCUGCUGGCGGAGGGGUUUUACACCACCAGCGCCAUCAAGAAGGAGCUGCAGAGCGACUUCAAGACCACCGCCUGCGGACGCUGUAUCACCGCCUUC